GGAAGUCGCUAUACAUUGUCAAAAUGACAUUAGCCGGGGGCAAAAUGUCGCUCCGUAUUUUUUCGUCUAAAUACCCGCGGACCGUCUGUUACCCCGGUUUCAGCUCAUUGUCUCUGAGGAAGCAAACUAUUAAAGGUUCGGCUUGCGGACGGUGGCUGUCGCAUGCAGGUGCCGACCGGCGGCCAUUGGAAGGCGUCAGAGUGCUGGACCUGACCCGCGUCCUGGCUGGACCCUUCGCCACCAUGAUGCUGGGAGACCUUGGUGCCGAGGUCAUCAAAGUGGAAAAACCAGGUACAGGUGACGACACCCGAGCGUGGGGUCCCCCCUUUGUCGGCCCGGAGAGCGUGUACUUCCUCAGCGUCAACCGCAAUAAAAAAAGUGUUGCUGUGGACCUGAAACAUCCCAGAGGAGCAAAGCUCAUCCAGGAGCUUGCAGGCGUGUGCGACGUGCUGAUGGAGAACUUCCUGCCAGGCAAACUUGCUCGGAUGGGUUUAGGGUACGAGGAGCUCAGCAGACUCAACCCCGCGUUGAUCUACUGCUCCAUUUCAGGUUACGGGCAAACGGGUCCUCAGAAUCAGAGUCCAGGUUACGACUCCAUCGCCUCUGCUGUGUCCGGGAUGAUGCACAUCACCGGAACAGAGGACGGCGAGCCCAUCCGCCCAGGUGUGGCUAUGACGGACCUGGCGACUGGGUUGUAUGCGCAUGGGGCCGUCAUGGCCACCUUGCUGCAGCGACAACAUACGGGGAGGGGAGCUCACAUUGACUGUGACCUACUGUCCUCUCAGGUGUCGUGUCUCAGCCAUGUUGCUGCCAACUUCUUGAAUGUCGGGAAGGAGGCAAAGCGCUGGGGGACGGCCCACGAGAGUAUCGUCCCUUACCAGGGAUUCAGAACCAAAGACGGGCAUGUGGUAAUAGCAGCAGGAAAUGACCAGCAGUUUGUGAAAGUGUGUCAGGUUCUGCAGCUUCCGGAGCUCACCCAGCGGCCAGAAUACAAAACCAACAAGCUCAGAGUCCAGAACCGUCAAGGCCUGGUGCACACAUUGUCCCAGAGAUUUCUGCAAGAGAUGACUGCUGAUUGGCUGAAAAGGUUUGAGGGCUCAGGUGUUCCUGUUGGAGCAAUCAACAGCAUCCAGGAGGUCUUCUCAGACCCACAGGUGAAACACAAUGGACUCAUCCAGGAGAUGAACCAUCCCACUGCAGGACGUAUCACUGUGCCUGGCCCGGCGGUCCGCUACAGCAGCUUCUCCACCUGCAAGCCGACGCCCCCUCCUGUGAUUGGCCAGCACACGGUGCAGGUGCUGCGUGAUGCUUUGGCUUACAGUGAUGACUUCAUCACAGCUUUAUUGGAGUCGGGGGCGGUGGCCCAGAACCGACCAUCAGGACACUGGGCCCACCUUUCUGACAAGCAUGGCCUCGCAAGCAGGAAACUGCGGUGGAUGCCUUACCUUGUCCGGGUGUCGAGUGGUCGGCUGGCUGCCUGAGCCGUGACCCCAGCAAGUGUGUGAGAGAAAUUCGGAUGUACGUAAGUCAUCAGCUCUUUAAAUGUCCCCGACUGCCUGACAUCUGGAGCAUGUGUGCAGGAACUGAAGGCUUUUGUGUGUUCUGAUGCCGAUCACAGACGCUCUGACAUCAAUGAUACUUUUAUUUUGAAGGCUUACAGCUGCAGCUGGAAACCCGCUCAGAGACUCACAAAAGCAAAAUCCAAGUCUGACAUGUUCUAAGUAGAAAAAAAAAGGUUUCACUGAUGAUGUGACCUUUUUAAAUUUGAAACAUUUGACUUUACUGCACCAUUAAUUUGAUGUAUAUUAUUUUAAAUGCACAACUCAAUAACACGGCUUUGAUCUUGGAGAGAAUAAGAUGUGUGGUGCCAAGUAUCAGUGGUCGAGUCUUUCACACAAGCACGCACACACGCACUAUCCGGGACUCCCUCAUAUGACGUCCAGGGGGAGUCUCUCUGGAAAACACUUCCUGGCGUUGGCCGCAGGGAUCUAGGCGGCGUGCAGCUGCAGCGGCUGGAUUUCACAUUAAAAAACACGUAGAUGCUGCCAAUAAGAAGACGGGCUUCACCCUCACGCACGCACGCACACACACACACACACACACACACACACACACACCUGCUGUGUCCAGUCUGGACAGGAUGUGUACUCUGUUGCCAUGGCAGCCAGUUGUUCUUGCUGUCACAGGGAACAAGAUGGAUCCAGCAGAGCCGUUUUCAAAUGGCGUGACUUUUUCAUCAAUCGUUAGCUCGCCGUGUUUGUACACCUUGCUAGCUGCUAGCGUCCAGUUGGAGGUCGUGAAGCAGCAGCGAGACAGCACAAAAGAUGCAUCACUUUAAAAAAAUAAAAAUAUAUAAUAGCAAUGACAGAGCCACCUGGCGGCCUGUCAAACUGCGACCUCAUUGGUUGAUUGAUGCUCAUCUUGGUGCUGCUCGCCUGCGUCCCCGAUGGCGGUGAGGGCGUUUAUGAGCGAUUAUCCAUUUUAAAUAUUGUUUGUCAAACCUCAUCAUUAAUCACAAACAUAGUUAUAUGAGAAUGACUGUGGUUAUUUUUUUACUUACUUACUGUAUUUUCUCCCGAAAUUCCUGCCUAGGAACGAGUGGAGCAUGUUUGUUACUUUCUGUAAUGCACACACGCACAAAGCUAAAAAAAAUAAGUCGGGAGUUGUUUAGAUUUUGUGUCUGAC